CGGGCAGCGACUUAGCGCAAGGUAAUUCUCUAAUGGACCAAUGAAAGCCAAUGAUGACAAGUUGUGGUCAACAGUCCUUGAAUGUGCUGAUGGUUCUGCUCUCAUUACUCUUGUCAGCAGUGUUGUCUGCACAUUUUCGGGUCUGCGAGCCAUACACGGACUACAAAGGUCGCUACCACUUUGGUUUUCACUGCCCCCGUCUUUCUGACAAUAAAUCUUACAUCUUUUGCUGUCACCAUAACAACACAGUGUUUAAAUAUUGCUGCAAUGAGACAGAAUUUCAGACUGUUAUGCAGAUGAACUUAACAGGGAAUGCAGAUGGAUAUAUGCAUAACAACUACAGUGCACUGUUAGGAGUGUGGAUCUAUGGCUUUUUUGUGGUGAUCUUACUGAUACUGGACCUUUUAUAUUACUCUUCAAUGAACUAUGAUAUUUGCAAAUUCUACCUGGCCCGCUGGGGAAUCCAGGGCAAGUGGAUGACACAGGGACAGAGCCGAUGGAUUAACCCUGCUCAGGACCCAAGACAGACACAGCCUCAAACUCAGCCCCAGCCUCAAACAUCGCAGACAGUACACACUUUAAAAGGAGAUGCUUUAAGCCCACCCCUGGUAUCUUUUCAGAGUACAUCUGCCUGAAAAUUAUAUUGAUGUGCCUCAAGAUGGGAGAGGUAAGACCAGACUUCAAG